GAGAGAGAGAGGAGUGUUCAGAGGAAACUAACAGCCACAGACUGAAGACACUGAUCCCUGAUUCCACUGAGUCCUGUCUGCUUCUAAAGGAGCUGCUUCUGUCCUUCUUCUGUCCUGCUUCCAGCCUUCUUUGGUUUCUAAACACCCGGUGUCGUCUCAGGAAUAGGACUUUAUUUAUGGACACUUCAACCUUCCUUUUGGAAAGACACACAUGCAGACUCUCGGUUUAGGAAAUCUUAAUUGAUACCAUUUGUCUGCACCAGGAUUAUUAAACCUAAAACACUUUCUGCAGAGUUGAGCUGAGACGGUGAAGGAACAUCUACAGAGUUUGUCUGUCCGGUAAAAUGAGUUGGACGCAGCUGAUCAGGAUGGUGCUCUGUGCAGCGACCUGUCUCCACUCUGCUGCUGCUCUGCCUGCUGCAGGCUGUGAAGGAGAUGACUGUGGUGGAGGCCAGACCCCCUCUUCUUCCCCAUCCUCUUCUUUAUCACCCUCUUUAUCUUCUUCUGUGGUGGUGAAACCCCAGCAGCCCUCCCAGGACUUCCUGGGCCAGUUUACCCAGGUGAACUCACCAAACAGCGGGGACCGUAAACACCGUGAUGCCAGCGCCGUCCUGCCCUUCAUCGGCCUCACAGGCAGUGUUGAGCAGAGUCGUAGCUGCUGUAAGAACGGAGGAACCUGUAUCCUGGGCAGCUUCUGCGCCUGCCCUCCGUUCUUCACGGGGAGGAGCUGUGAGUACGACCAACGCAUCAGGAGCUGUGGUUCCAUUCCUCAUGGUGAAUGGGUUCAGAAAGGAUGCUCGUACUGUCGCUGCGGUUACGGCACUCUGCACUGCUUCCCUGAAGUCUUCCAUAAAGACUGUGAUGAUUCGGAGGAGGUACAUUGGUAUCGUUCGUCAGCUGUCAGGACAGUUGGGCCUGGCUGCUUCCUGUAUCUGGUGCUGCUUCUUCCUCUGCUUCUCCUCGUCUGAUGUUUAGAAAAAAAUCAGAUCCUGGACACCAACACUAAGAUUCAUGUGAAACGCUGAGCUGUGGACUAUGCAAGAUUACUCAAGCUGUUUCUUCAGGAGUAAAGAUCGGUUUCCAGACAUCAUCCUACUUUCAAGUGUAAAAACUGAAUAUCUGGAUUUUUUGUCUGGUUUAUGGGGACCCUCUGCAUUGUUGCGGUUUAUGGGGACCAUCUGCUAAGUUGUGGUCUGAAAGAUGAGCCCAUGAAAUGUGCAGGGGACUGAAGGUUGAAUGGACUUGAACCGAAUCACUGGACCAACAUUAACAUUUUCAAGAAAACGCUUUUUGGAACAUGAAAAAUGCAGCUGAACUUGCUAUGUGAAACUCAGUUUUCACAUAGCAGGUCUUCUUGUCUCAAGAAAUGUGGAUAUGUGUGUAAAUAUCUUUAAAAUACAUCACUCUGCUUGCAUAUUAGAACAUUUAACUUCACACAUAAGUUCAUGACCAUGUCUCUAUUAACAGUUUAACAGUGAGUAGCCACGACUGAAGUCCUAACUCUGCGUCUUUGUGUCUUUAAACCUUUCAGUCCAGUGAGACUUCGUCUGUGUGUCUAUGAUGAUUCGAAGAACUAAGUGUAUAUGACGGAAGCUGUACAUAAGAUUUUUAUGAAAAGUAUGUUUUUUUGUAAAUCUAGGCUCUGAUGCCUGUUGUGAUUUUUUUUCUUUGUAAAAGAAGACAUUUUCUUGUUUUUAACUUUAUGUCUUCUGUCUGUUUGCACAAACUGUGAGUUGAUGUGACAUUUUGUCCUGCGUAUAUAAACAUGUGUUUAUGAAAUUGUUUAAAACAAUGUCAAUUAAAACACAUGUGACAUUGGGGGUACCAUGAAAGGGAACUUUUUAAUAUUUAAAAAAUCACUGGGUUCAAUUAUCAAAUCAAGUUUCAAAGUAAGUGUUAAUUGUUUUUUUUCUCUUUUAAACAAUCGUUGGAGAGAGAGAAUUGUAAUUUUCUAUCUCAGUUAUCUGCAGGUAUUUUCAGUGGGAGCUCUGCCUGUCUCUUAUCUCCAGAGUUUAUUGAUGAGGUUUGUAUUGAUUAUCAGCUGUUCUCUUAUCUUAAACAAACACAUCAGCUGUUGUUCUGCAGCUUGUCUGCCUGCCAGCUGCUUCAGCUCGCUGCUCUAAAAUUUACUGGCAGAAUAAAAGUAAU